CGUGGCCGCUUCAGCUGACAGUCUACAUGAUGGCGACAGAGGUUCAGAGCGGCGACCUCAACAGCGCUUCGUCCAGCCGACUCGAAGUUUCCAUCGACGGCCUCACUCUCAGCCCGGACCCGGAGGGCGAGGAGAGCCAGGUGGCGGAGCCGGAUCCCGAGCCCGAGCCCUCGGAGCCCGGGAGCGACACGCCGGCUCCCGCCGGGGACGAAGAUGGAGAGACUGGCGGACCUGCCAUGGAGAGGAAAUGGGGCUUUCCUCUGCAGGAGCUCUACGGACUGGCUCUGAAAUUUUUCAAAGAUAAAGAUGGCAAGGCCUUCCACCCAACCUAUGAGGAGAAGCUUCGACUGGUAGCGCUGCACAAACAGGUGUUACUGGGUCCUUAUAAUCCUGAUGCUUCACCUGAGGUUGGCUUCUUUGAUGUCCUUGGCAACGACCGCAGGAAAGAGUGGGCCUCCCUGGGUAACAUGGAGAAGGAUGAUGCUAUGGUGGAGUUUGUGAAGCUACUAAACAAGUGCUGCAACCUCUUUGCUCCUUAUGUUACAUCUCACAAGAUUGAGAGGGAGGAGCAGGAGAGGAAAAGAAAAGAAGAGGAGGAACGACUGAGGCAAGAGGAGGAGGAGAGGGAGCGACAAAGGCAGGAGGAGGAGAGACGGAGGCUUGAGGAAGAGGAAAGGCAGAGACGAGAGGAAGAAGAAAGGAGACAGGCUGAGGAGGAGAGGCUACGGACUGAGCAGCAGAAGUAUGUCCAACUGCAACAGAUAAUGGCGGCGUUGAAUGCCCAGACAGCAGUGCAGUUCCAACAGUAUGCUGCGCAGCAGUAUCCCAACAGUCCGGAGCAACAGCUGGGCCUCAUCCGUCAGCUCCAAGAGCAGCAUUACCAGCAGUACAUGCAGCAGCUCUAUCAGGUCCAGCUGGCUCAGCAACAGGCGGCCUUACAGAAGCAGCAACAGCAGGCUGAUUUAGCGGUCCAGGGCACCUUGGAACCUGGCAGCUUGAACAGCAGGGAGCCCAUCCAAACCUCAACAGCAGGACCGUUGUGUGUUUCUUCACCACUAUCUAGUGAAGAAACUCCCACGGUCAAUGGAGGCCAGUCAGACUCGUACUCGGAGAGCAUGGACCGUGAACCAGAACCAGAGCCGGCUGAGGAGGUCUCAGAGAAUGGGCCUUUGUUAGCCACAGCAGACUCCCCACCAGUGAUUGCUGCUCCUUCCAUGUGGACACGGCCACAGAUCAAAGACUUCAAGGAGAAGAUCCGCCAGGAUGCAGAUAGUGUGAUCACUGUGGGGCGUGGCGAGGUGGUGACGGUGCGUGUGCCCACCCACGAAGAAGGAUCUUACCUGUUCUGGGAGUUUGCCACAGACUAUUAUGAUAUUGGCUUUGGGGUAUUCUUCGAGUGGACAGACGCAGCCUCUGCUUCAGUCAGCGUGCACGUGUCGGAGUCCAGUGAUGAAGAUGAUGAUGAAGAAGGUAAGAGGGAUCCGCCGACAGAAGAGGAGAAGGCAAAGAAAGUGGCGGGAAAGCCCCAGGUGGAUGAGAUUGUGCCGGUUUACCGGCGGGACUGUCAUGAGGAGGUGUAUGCCGGCAGCCACCAGUACCCGGGCCGCGGCGUGUACCUGCUCAAGUUUGACAACUCCUAUUCACUUUGGCGUUCCAAGAGUGUUUACUACCGAGUCUACUACACCAGAUAAGCCUGAAUACAGACACUGGGAGAGCCAAGGAGAGUGUUUGUUCGUGUGUGUGUGUGUGUGCGUGCGUGUGUGUGUGACGGCAGCCUGUACUUGUGUAUGUGAAGGAAGAAGUGAUCUGAUCUGGACAAAAACCACCAGAGGGUGACAAAGACGCACCUGGAGCCCUUAUCUCAAGAUUUGAUUAAUAUGUCUGUCCUGUGGGUGUGUGUACACGUGUUCCAAGUUUCACCCACCAUACAUCCCAUCAUCGAGCCCUUGGGAAGUACUGUGCAUUCCAGUUGAAAGAUCAACACCUGUCCUUGCUGUGCUCAUAUACACCAAGCUCUUAAUAUUCUAUCAAAUCGUCUUCUCCCACCUUUUACCCUCUGGGCUCCUCUUCUGUGACCACCUCCACCCACAGCACAGUCCACUGUGGCCUCAUGGCUGCUGUUACCCUGACCAACUCUCUUAACCAUGAAUGGAAAGUUUGGCAUUUCCAACUCUGUGAGCCAGUGUUUCCUGCUCUGUGGAAAUGGUUGUUGCUCAUCCCACGAGAACAAAGACAAUGUUGGAAAUCCAGUUAUACUGCAGACGUGCUCCAUAACACUAUGCCUUUUACGCAGAGAGUUCCUGGUCUUUGCUUACACGAUUUCAACAAAAAGACAAAACAAACAAAAAAAAAACACCACCAGUGUCCACAAAUCAUUUUUGUUGUAGAACAGUAGUGUGUUAUAUUUCCUUGCCACAGUGCAUAUAUGAAGAUACGAGAGGACCGCUGAGCAGAAGCAGUUCUCGUUUGGUUUAGUCUUGAACACAGUCUGUCACACUUUGAUGAUUUGAUUCAGUCCGGACAGAUGCAGCACAUCUUCGAUGGACUCUACUGCCAUAAUUUGUGAAGGACGGGCAAGAAGUCAAUCAAACACAUGGUUUUUGUGGGUGGCAUUACAGAAUAACACACUCGCACACAUACACACACACACACUAUGAAAUAUGGCUGUGGGUCUUCUGGCUUUGUGAACACAAGCACCUCAGUAAAAGGUUAAAAAAAAGUUGGAAAAAUUGACUAUUUUUUAUUUGUGUGAUGGUGUUUCAUGUUGUUUCACCUUCAGACAGUGUUUUCUUUACAGCUGGUUUCUAUGGUUACAUAACCCCAGGAUACUUUGCCCAUCUCUGUUAGAGAUUUGUUUGAAAGAUUCUCAACUAUUUAACAUUACCUGGGAUGUUUGUUUUUAAUAUCACUGGUUGUAUUUCAGGUUUGCUUUAUUCAGUUCUGGCACACUUGUGGCACAAAAGGAACAAAACACAUCCACCAACUAUCAAUCUAGAAAUGCAGAAGUCAUGACGCGGUGUUCUCAGUUUUGUUCUUUCUAGCAUGAAUUGCCUCAUAACGUCAUCAGUUGUCAUCUCAAGUGUUGUGAAUAAACUGAGAUGACUUGAACUUGUGUCUUGGCUGACAUGGUUGCUUGCUAACUGGAUUGUGACAGGCAAAAUGUACUUUAUUCUUCUUUUUUUUGUUUAAUUGUCACUAUAAUUUAGAUUAAUUUAAUCUGUACAUCAGCUGUGCAUUGUUAAAUUUCGUGUAUGAACUGUUGGUUGUUACAGGGGUUGUUAAAGAAAUCUGGUUUUCUUUUAUCACUUUUUUUUAAUAUAUAUAUAUAUAUAUAUAUAUACCUAAAAACCUAUAAGACAAAUGCAGAAAAUCGUGCAAGUAAAGUCCCCAGUGGCUCUUUGCCAAAUUAUUUAAAUACACCUGCCUACAAUCCAGCCAUUGAUUAGAUUAGCUUCCCUUGCUGGGCUGCAGGACUCACUGUUCCCAUCACCCCAGAUAUGUUUCCUUAAGUUUUUAUUGCGCACCAAAUGGUUUGAAUAGUUCAAGCCUCACAUGUAAAUAAUUCUAUAAAUGGGUUUAUGUUUGGGUUUUUCGGUGUGGAAGAAGGCUAUGGUUUUGCCGAUCGAUGCACUGUAUAAUAAGGUGACAGAUUUCCACUUUACCCCAGAUGAAAAGUCAUAACUUGUUGAAGUAUAAAACCGUUAAGACUCUAUUGAAAAGACAGAGAAGCAUUUUGUUUGUUUUUAUUUUUGUUUUGUUUUGUUUUUUUAUUGUUUGAUUUGUUUGGAACUCUUAUAAGUUGCAAGGUCUGUUUGGGCAUAUAUUUAAUCUUGAUUAAACUUAUCUUUGGCUCUA